UCGACCGUUAAACAAAAAGCUUGUCCUAAACGUCUCCAAUUCAAAACCCUUCAUCUCUUUCGCACUCUCUCUCUCCUCCUCUGUUUCUCAAAUCUGAACGGACCAUCAAUGGUGACACAAGAUUCAAAGCAAACCCCACAAAACAAGAAAACCCCAUCUGACAACCCAACCCAAAUCCCAGAAAAUUGCAACGAUAAUCACAACACCAUGAGUAUGUUCAGCCCAAGAUUCAAAUCAGUUGCAGCAAUGGCGGGUUGGGAUGAAGAAACCCUACUUUCUACUCUUAUUGUUGAAGACACCCCUGAAAGAAUCUUGAGGGAUAAAAAACGUUCUGAUUUGCUCGUGAAAUCUCCUCCUUCUAGUUCUAGAAGAAAGAGAAGGCGGUCUCGGCCGGGUUCGAUUUCAAUUGCGGUUUUUAAUCUUGAUUUGGAUGAUGAAUCUACUGACACCAGCAUCAAAGAGGCAGAGAAGGAUAAAAUUGAUUUACCAAAGAAAGUUGAAGAAUUACCAAAAGACAAAGAGCAGGAGAAUGCUGAUGCUGAGGUUGCUGUUGAUUGCGCGAAUUCGUCAGCACUUCCUUGUAUGGAUCGUCUUAGAGAUGAACUUUCCUGUGCUAUUUGCUUGGACAUCUGUUAUGAACCAAGCACAACUCCUUGUGGGCACAGUUUUUGCAAGAACUGCUUGAAAUCUGCAGCUGAAAAAUGUGGCAAAAGAUGUCCAAAAUGCAGGCAGUUAAUCAGCAAUGGAAGAUCCUGCACUAUAAACACAGUCCUUUGGAAUACAAUACAACUUUUAUUCCCAGCAGUAAUCGAGUCUAGGAAAUCAGCUGCAGCUUCGAGUAGCAGUACAGCAUCUGAUUAUCGCAAGAAGAGCAGUGAAAGGAUGAUCAGUACUAAUAAUGAAGCUUCUGAUAAUAACAAUGUGCGUAUGACUAGAAGACUCAGAGUAUCAAGAAGAUCAGAAGAAGCUAGUUUGAGCAGUAGAAGAGGAGUUCCAAACCAAGAUGAAGAUGCUGCAUUGGCAUUGAGGUUACAGAGGGAAGAAUUCAUGGAGAUUUAUAGAGGGUCCACUUUGGCCCGAAGUAACUUGAGAGCUAUGGCUCAAAGAGCUAUGAAUCUUGAUAGAAACCGCGUUGUUUGAUGAUCUUGUUUCUCAUUAGAUAAAUUGGAACGACACAGAGAAGAUUAAUGAUUUGUUUUUCAUGAUAGUCAUGAGUGUGUUUUAUUUGUAGGAAAAGGAACUUGGGAACUUGCUUUAGUUCCCUUGUUCAGUUCUAGCCUGAUUAUGACUCAAUUACGCGCAUUUAUAUUGCAAAUCUUAUAUUAUUGCGGA